ACUUAUUUUCCCGGUUCAACGCAUGUCAGUUUACGCUGGCGAGUGGCGGAGGUCGGAGUGUUAGUAUUGAUCUCCUCACCUCCUUGACUCGUUUCCAGGGAAAGACUGAAGUCUAAACACCACCACAAUGGCGGGAGCUAUCAUUGAAAACCUGAGCGGACGGAAAUUAGGAGUCCUGAUAGUUUUCCUCAUGAUAUGCCAAGUGGUAUGCUUCCUGGUCGGCGCAUUGAUCGCCCCUGCACCAUCAUCAGUUAUGUCAAUCUUGGGAACCAAGUGCAUUGACAAGAACUAUAGGAAGGACAAGUGGUAUUGGACCCGUGGCAAAGGAAAGUGCCAAAGCAUUAUUGAUCUCCAGGACCCAGUUAUUGAGGAUCUCCACAUCAAUGCCAACAACAUGAUCUUCACAUUUCAGGCACCAUCUCCCAAAAGCAAGUAUAUUCUGGAUUAUUCACGUUGGCAGCAGAACUUGAUAGCCAUGAUGCACGUGGACAUCUAUUAUGAUGAGGAGGCUCAGUUUGAUCCCCAAGCCAUAAUGACGCUUGAGGCACGCUUGGGCUAUCGUAAUUUGGAAGACCCAGAAGAUAAGUGGACAGAGUAUGCAUCAUCUACAGAAGAGAGACGCCUUGACUGUACAAUAGAUCCAUUGCACAAAAAGGCAGAAUACAUGUAUAACUGUUCUUCUGUGCCACUUUUUGAACUUGGGUCUUUGCACCAUGAUUUCUAUCUUCUAAAUGUUCGAUUACCUAUAAACACAGCAGAGGAACCACAAGAGAGCAAUAUCAAUGAAGAUCUUGGACUGUUAGUGGAUAUGUGGGUGGCAUUCAUCCAUCAGAAUGGAGGAUUCACAAAAGUGUGGGUCUCACUUAAAACAAUAUUCUUCCCAACCAUUGUGGCCAUCAUGAUCUGGUUUUGGCGUCGCAUCUCUCUACUCUCUCGUCCGCCAGCACUUCUGGAAUACAUGCUGAUGAUGCUGGGGGCUGCACUCACUUUACUUAAUUGUCCCCUGGAAUACCUGACAUUAGUAUUUGAUUGUCCAUGGAUGACCGUUGUGAGUGAUAUUCGGCAAGGUAUCUUCUAUGCUUCGCUUCUCUCCUUCUGGUUGAUCUUUACUGGAGAACAUCUACUGGAUGAUAUUGAGCGAAAUAGAAUUCGUGUUUACUGGCGCCAUCUCAGUGCUGUGUUUGGAGGGUGCCUAUGCCUUUUCAUCUUUGACAUGUGUGAACGAGGAGUACAGCUCCGCAAUCCCUUCUAUUCCAUCUGGGUGACAGAAGUUGGAACCAACCUAGCACUGGCAUUCAUUAUUCUGGCUGGUAUUUGUGCUGGUCUUUACUUCUGCUUCCUCUCGUACAUGAUUUGGAAGGUAUUUAUUAAUAUUAGUAGCAAACGUCAGUCACUAUCUGUCAUGUCUUCUGCUCGACGUCUGCAUUAUGAAGGUAUCAUCUACCGCUUCAAGGUGCUCAUGUUGGCUACUCUGCUGUGUGCUGCCAUGACUGUGAUUGGCUUUAUCUUAGGACAGGUCUCGGAGGGUCAGUGGAGCUGGGAUGAGAACAUCAAAUUGGAGUACACAAGUGCAUUCUUCACGGGCGUGUAUGGCAUGUGGAAUAUUUAUACCUUCGCACUCAUCUGCUUGUAUGCCCCCUCACACAAACGAUGGCCAAAGGAUCAAAACUGGGCGGUAUCAGACAACUGUGGUCUAGCAUCAAUACACGGAGCACUCUUGGCACGAGAUACACAGAGCAGUACUGGAGAAGAGAUCGAAUUUAGCAGACUGGCAACAGAACCAUCUGAGAUGUCCUCAAUAACAGCCUUUGCCAAGAAAACUGCCAUGGAGUAAACACAGCUGUUGUGGAAAAUAUUUGUAUGGGUCUUGAGCGUAGUUUUUAACUUUUAGAUUUUUAAGGUAUAUUAUAUAUGUAAAUAUUUAUAUAUUUAUAAAUAAAUAUUAUUUAUACAUAUAUGUAAUAUUUAUUUAUAUUUAUAUACAUUUAUAUUUAUAUUAUACUGUAUAUAUUUCUUACAAUUUCUUUUACUUUACACUUUAUGUGAGUAUCCAAAAUUUUCACAAAACAAAAUAGUGCCAUUCUUGUACCUCUGCAGUGCACAAAGGCUUUUCUUCCAUGUGUUUGAUCAUGUAAAUGUUCAAACACCAAUCAUGAAUAGACAUUUCUCACAUGUUUUCUUUUAAUUAUUUAUGAUUGAUGCAUCCGUGUGUAUAUUAUUUGAUAACCACACGAAAUUAUCCAUGAUAUAGUAGCUAAUAUGCGAUAAUCUGUUAGAAAUUCUCAGUUUAAUGUGUAGUUUUUUAGUAUUACUGUUUAAUCAUUAUAUACAGUGACUGAGUGUUGUUAUGAAAGUGUUAAUAAAAAUUUGGAAGAUAAAUAAAUGCAUCCCGAAGAAACUUUUCAUAAUGUCCACUCUAGUGACACACUUUAAAUCUCAGUCUUUAGUGAGUAAUGUACACUUUUUCUAUUAUUAAUAGUAGUAAUAGUAGUAGCAAUAUUAUUAAUAUUAUCAUCAUUAUAUUGGAUUGUGUUUAGCAAACCUCAAAAGUAUCUACAUAAUACCAAAAAGGUGUGCAAUACCAUUUUUGUUAAGGCUGGUAGGUUCGUAAGACAUUUUUUUUAAUUGUAUCAUUGCUGUCUUGCCUUGAUCAGAAUUUGAAAGUCAUAAUAAAGAAUGCAUUGUGAGCUGCAUCUGGUGACCUGAAAUUGGCCUAGGGGAUAACAGUUGUUUUUACCAUAUUAUACAGUACAGUAUUGUAUUACAAUUGAUCUUACUUUAUUUGUAGAGAAAGCUCUGCUCUUCUGUUGUGUUAUGGGAAAUUUUUUGAUAUGAAUGCAGUAAUUUUGGAUUUCUGUGGUGAUUUCUUUGCCGACUGAGAGAAGUGACGAGAGAGAGAGAGUACGUCGCUUUAUUCCAUACUCUUUAUUAACAGAGUUAUAAAAAUUAUUUGAGAACUACAUCAUCUUUCAGAUUUGCCAAUCAUAUUAGGAAACACAGAAGUAAAGUUUUAAGAUUUUGACUGUUUCCAAAAGAUUGUGGACUAUUGUUUUUGAGAAAGUAAACUCCAAGUUUUGCCAAAAAUAAAUAUAUACGAUAUUAACAGAGCAUUUUUUUAUUUCUUCACUACUGAACAUAACUGUUUAUUUAUAGAUUUUAUUUGAAUUCAAAAUGUUUACUAUAAUGAAAUACUUAGGUAUUUACAAAUUCCAAACUCUGCCUGAUUAAAAAUAUCAUGGUAGAUUAUUCAGAAUUAACACCUGAUUCAGGAACCUUUGCAUUGAAUCUCAUAAUUGUGCAAAAGUGUGAAAAUGCUGCCUGUUGGAUUUUUUUUUUUUUUUUUGCAAGAAAUUAUUAAACUUUCAAAUGACAGACUAACAAUAAUUCCUCACCAAGAAAAUUAACUCGUUGCCUUUCUGUUUGAAACUGAAUCCACUUAAAUUAUUUUAUGAAGAGCACUUUAUUAAUGUACCUUUAAUUUGAUAAAUUACCUUUACACCUCCAUGCUGAAAUUUGCAUCUGGGUAAACUUGUUUUGUACACCCUGCAAUAUGUCUGCUCCUUUUGUUCUUUGCCAAGGAGGAAUACAACGCAGACAAUUUGCAGUAAUGACAUACAUGUUUCAUUAGUUGGUUCAGUGAUGAGCUUAGUAGUGUAGAGGACAGGUACAGAAUGAAGAGAGCAUAUCUUAACUUAUAAACAUGUUUGGUUUUGCCAGGCCAUUCAUCAUAUGUUUGGUGCUUUUUUAUAAGUAAUAUUUGAUGCUGAUUUUUUAUUUUUAUCCUUCAUUCAGCUGUGUUCUUCCAGUCAAGUUGCCAAAUUGAGUUUUAAAGUUUUCAGUAUGACAGGGGCUUAUUCAAGAGAUUUAAUUCUCUCUGUACAGGUGUUUCAAGUGUUUGACAGCACCAGUCACCAAACACGUAAAACAAAAUAAUUUUCUUUUUCACUAAAAUUUUAGUAUUGAGUUUUUUAAUAACUUUAUAUGUUAAAUUAGUGCUCUAAUAGCAGUCCUUAUUCAUUAUUAAAAUAUUGAAGGGUAAGGUACAGUUCAAGGAAAAGAACAAAAAUGGCCAUGGUGUAAGAUUGUGAGACAAUGGAUUGGCCAUUAAUUCUGAAUCCUAUCCUUGAGGGCCCAAAUUUUAUCCUUCCCUCCUCCACAUUAGUUAUACAAUGUGGGUUGCAUGGGACUGCAAUUCACUCGGAGUCAUGGACACGCAUAAACUCCAUGUAUUUAUACUUUGCUCUAGUAAUUCAUAUUGCAUUUUUAAAUCAAAUAUUUUUGCAUUUUUCUCCUUGAAAAAAAUAGCCUCUCACAUUAUGCAUGUGCUUCUAAGUUCUGUAAGCUCUAACGACCAGUUGCCAUUGUGCAGUGAACAUCUGCUGGUAGAAAAAUGUGUAAAAUAUCUUUAGUGAUUCUUGACCACAUUAUUGAUUUUCCUGCCAUUAAGGUAAAGAAGAUGUCCAGCAUAAUAAGGUCUUGUGCCUCUUGUAUUUUAUAUAAAAUGUAGUUUUGUACUGUAAUUUAAAUUCCUAUUCAUAGUAGCUGGGUCUCACUGCUUGAUCCAAGUUAUGUUGAGCUGAAUGUCAUAUAUAUACAGUGGACCCCCGGUUAACGAUCACCUCCCAAUGUGACCAAUUAUGUAAGUGUAUUUAUGUAAGUGCAUUUGUACGUGUAUGUUUGGGGGUCUGAAAUGGACUAAUCUACUUCACAAUAUUCCUUAUGGGAACAAAUUCGGUCAGUACUGGCACCUGAACAUACUUCUGGAAUGAAAAAAUAUCGUUAACCGGGGGUCCACUGGAUAUAUAUAUAUAUAUAUAUCUAUAGUGUGUGGUAUGAAGUGGCUGAAUGCACAGUUAGGAAAUGUAUUGUAGAAAUCAUAAAAACUUCAAUACUUUUGUUUAGUUAAUCUCAUCAGUAGUUUAGCACCAUAUAUCAUGACUGAUAACACCUACAUAAACUGGAGUAAAUGAUUUUGAUUAUGGAAGUUGUCUUUUAUCAUGGAGAGGAAUCUGGUAUGUACCAUUGAGAAAGAGCUUUUAUUUAUCCUUCUAACUGAGCAAGAUAGGAGAUAAAAGCCAAGGUAGAAAGAAUUAAAUUCAUUGCCUCUCAGUGAAAAAUCAGAGUAAAUAAUUAUAGGAAAAUUUUAAGUCUUAGAAGAUAAUUAAAAUAAAUAAAUUUUGUACUAAAAAGAGUUCUUUAUUAAAGUCAGUGUAAGUAUUACGUACUGCCCAUGACUGCUUUGUAUCACCAGGAGAUGGAAAUAUUGUCUAGAUACAGUAUGAUUAUUUUUAGCCUUAAUUCAUUCAGACAUUCUGUGCAUCAAAUGCUAAAAAAAAAUACCUAAGUAAUAGUAUAAAGAAAAUCAUAAAAGGGACAUUGUAGAAUACUGCACACAUGAAGGAAUGCAGGGAAAUAUUAUGAAUGUGAAUAACAAUAAAAGGUAUUUACCUUGGAUUAUAAGGCUCUUCUUUCAACAAACCGGCUGUAUCCCACCAAGACAAUUAUAAGGGUAACACACCAAAACUGAGAGGGGAUGUGAGAAAAUAAAUGAGUGUGAAGUUCAAACUAAAUUCUUCAUUAAAUUAGAGAUGGAUAUGUUUAUUUGUGCUUCUCUAAGAGUUAUUAAGAAUAUUUUGAGUUUAAUGGCAAAUAAUUAUAAUCUUUUAUUUCUUUAAAUUUAAAAAAAUUCUUACUGAAUUCAUGAAACCAUUUCCAUGUGCUUGUGGAAGCUGCUCGUUAUAUAUACUAAACAUUUAAUGUACUUCAUCUUCUAGGAUGAUUAGUGAAGUACAGUACUGUAAUUAAACUAUAUAUAUUUGAUAUAAUAUUUUUUGAAGGGGAAAAAGUACAGUAUUAUGAAACAGUUGGCAAGUUAACUUGGAUACGGUUUUGACUGAAUGAAUUAACUCCUGGUAUGGGGAAAAUAGCAUUCAGUAAUAGACUAUUUUUUCUAAUGCAUGCCAUUAAAUAUUAAGCUAGGAAUGAGAUCGUUGUGAGUAUGAGGAGAGUACAGUAUAAUUGAUCAGGGAUAUUGUUAGUUCCUUAAAGAGUAUUCUUUGUAUUGGAAGAAUUAGCACAAAUAAAAAUCCGUAAUGAGAUUUUUCUGGCUUGUGGAAUAUUGUAUUAUAUAAAGUGUUGUGAAAGCUCUGUUACUAUACAUAAUAUAGGUCAUAUUUGCAUGUAUAAUUUGAAAAUGAACUGGUACUUAUGAUUUACUGAUAAAACUUACUAGUUCUUUCUACUCUGAAAAAUAAAUCACUAUUGUAUAUAAAAAUUUCAGAGACAUUGAAGGUGCUGUACUGCAUGUACUGUGCCUUUGGUGGCUAGUUUCUAAUGUGUCCUUUGACAGUGCUAUGUAGAAAGAUUUCAUGAGUUUAUCAGGAAAGUAGGCUUGUUUAUUUUGAUGUGUUACCCUAACUUUUGUUUCUGAUAAACAUACAAAUAAUUUUAUGUGAUACCUCAUGCUACUUAAGAGAUGUACAGUACUGUAAGAAUGAUAGAAUAAAUCUUUUCUUUAUGCUGGUUUAUACUUUAUAUUUUAUCACAGAGGUUUUCUUUAUUAAGCUUGUCAACUAUGGAAUUUAAUUUAUAAUAUUAAAUUUAGCUUAAUAGACUGUGAAUACUUAAUGAUUCAUCACAAAUAGUUCCUAUCAGUAGUUAUUUAAACUUAAUUUCAUUGAAGCUAGCUAAAGUGAAUAUGGUACCUAAAAUGUGAAUUUAUAUCUUAAGAUUUUUGUGAAAUUUUGUAGCAUUAUAAGUUAUUUUUACUAGAAAUUGUUUAAUGGUAGAUACUUUCUCUGUAUUGCUUAGGAGCAGUGCAUUCUAGUUUUCCAAAUAAAUUUUUUUCUGCCA